AAAAUACAUUCCUCCAUCAAAAUUAUUUUAGAUAAACAUCUCAUUACUGUGCUAGAAAUCCAAUAACAGGAUGUUUGACUAUAUGUGGCUAUCCUGUGUGUUUAUGCUGCUUUCUGCACAAUUCGUCUUUGGCAAUGAUACGAUCUGUGAAAUGAAAGGAAAUUCCGUCAAAAAGUUAGAAGUAGCCGUGGAGCUUCUUAACGAAGUCAAAGAAAGUUUAGUUUGUCCAAGUACAAAACCACCCGAGAAACCAAUGGAUUGCUCGGAAGUUCUCUUCAACGGACAUAAUAUUAGUGGAGUGUAUACACUUUGGCCUAUGAAUAGGGUUUUGACUACUGAGUCAGUAAAAGCAUACUGCGAUAUGGACACUGAAGGUGGAGGUUGGACGGUUAUACAACGGAGGGGAAAUUUUGGAAAACCAGUGGACUAUUUCUACAAGACCUGGGAAGAAUAUAAAAAAGGAUUUGGAUUAUUAAGCGAAGACUUCUGGCUUGGUAAUGAUGUUAUAUAUGCUUUCUCUAACCAGAAGUUAUAUUCUGUUCGUUUCGAUCUUACUGACUACAGUGGAACUAAAGCCCAUGCAGUGUAUAAUAAAUUCUGGAUUGAUGACGAAGAUCGCAGUUAUCGUUUACAUAUCAGCGGAUACCAUGGAAACGCCGAUCCAUGUCCGAAGCCUCCCGAAAGACCUAUGGACUGCACUGAGGUCCUGCUGAAUGGACAUAAUACUAGUGGAGUGUACACGCUUUGGCCUAAGAGUAGAAUUUUGAGUUGCGAAACGGUGAAAGCAUACUGCGACAUGGAUACUGAUGGGGGAGGAUGGACGGUGAUUCAAAGAAGAGGAAAUUUUUCGAGGCCUGAGGACUAUUUUUUCAAAAACUGGAUUGAAUACAAAAGAGGUUUCGGAAAACUGAAUGAAGAUUUUUGGUUUGGAAAUGAUAAUAUUUUUGCUUUUACCAAUCAAAAAUCGUAUUCUGUUCGUUUUGAGCUCAUGGAUUACAAUGGCAUCAAAGCAUAUGCAGUAUAUGACAAGUUCUGGAUUGACGACGAAGAUCAAGCUUAUCGCUUACAUAUUAGCGGAUACUAUGGAAGUGCUGGUGAUGGCAUGGCAUAUCACAAUAAUGAAAAGUUUAGCACUAAAGACCGAAAGAAUGAAAACACUAAUUCGACUGGGUGCGCAAACGAACGUAAAGGAGCUUGGUGGUAUUACGCUUGUGGAAUUGUCAAUCUUAAUGGUCUUUACAUACGGAAUCUCUCAAAUAGUACUGGAGUCUUAUAGGACAGAUUCAGAAAGCAGGAGUCUUUAAAAUCAACCAAAAUCAUGAUACGGCCUUACGACUUUUUAAAGACUUGAAUACAUUUCUGCAUUGUGUAUAUUUCACAUGAAAAUGGAAUAACUUGGCCUCAAGAAAAGGAUUUAGUGAUUUUUUUUAUUACGAGAGAAAGGAAUUUCUCCUCAAAUAUAUCCUAUCUUGCAGUACUUGAAGCAUAAAAUCGUAACAGAAAUUUCUUUUCAAUUAUGUGGCUUAUAUUAUAAAAUUUUUAAUCGGUCCGACUUCAAUAUUAUUAAAUUAUAUAAUAUUUAGUCAUUUAUUAGGUAUACGGAAUUGGAAGUUUAUCAUUUGCUUCAAGUGCAAUACCGAUUUGUUUAUGUAACAGAAAAUAGUUACAUAUAUUUGCCUUUUACUGUUAAAAUAAAAUGUGUAUUUUCUUAAA